AUGUCGGCAGAUGCUCAUGCAGGCCACCUUCGCUUUGACUUUGAUGGAAACACGGAGUCCUCAGAGCCAUGGGUCUUCAUUCAAGCCUCCCGGCAAAACUGGACAGGAGCAGUUCACAUCGAUCCCCACAGCAGGGAGGUUUAUGGGUAUAACACAGAGCGCCAGGACUAUCUGCUGGGGCCAUUCAAGGCACCCUCGUUCAAGGGAUACUUCGUCUCUCGAUUCUCACACCCAUUUGCCGCGUAUGGUGUGGCUGAUGGUGGCAAUAUCACUGAAGGGAAGCAGACGCGGACCGGCAAGUUCACUGGCGCAUACGUCAAGUUUUCUGAAGACACUUCGAGGGUAGAAGUGCGGACAGGUAUCUCCUACGUCAGUAUCGCACAGGCGCGAAAGAACCUGGAGCUGGAGCUGCCUGAUGAUAAAACGUUUGAGGACACCGUCGAUAAAGUCAAGGCCGCCUGGCUCGAAAAGGUCGGCCGCGUAACAAUUGAUGGUGUCAACAACACGGAUCCGAACCAGAAUCAGCGCACAAUUUUCUAUACCGGCUUGUUCCAUGCCCUUCAGUACCCAAGCGACUACUCUGAGCCAACCUCCAAUGACGCCGACGGAACUCGCGUGUUUUACUCUGGCUACACCGAUAGUGUGCAUACCGAUAAUGAUUCGUACUACCAGUCCUGGUCCAUCUGGGAUACUUUCAGAGCAGAGCAUUCGCUGUUAACAAUGUUUGCACCAGAGCGAGUGAACAGCAUGAUGCGCACUCUGCUACGUAUCUUUGACUGGUCGGGGAGGCUCCCCAUGUGGGCGAACAUGAUCGAAACCAAUAUCAUGAUCGCAACCAAUGCGGACGUUGUGCUGGCGAAUGCGCUCGAACGGGGCUUCCGCGGCUUUGAUAUUGGUCAGGCAUGGACCGCAGUGAAGAAGGAUGCCUAUGAACCGCCCGAGCACGAGAUGGAGUUGCUUUAUUACGAUCGUGAGCCGAACACCCCGCAAGAAGUUCGAGCGGGCCUCUCAGCAUAUAUGAAGCAGGGUUGGGUAUCGGACGAUGCCUGGGCCGAGGCUGGAAGUCGCACCCUGGAUUACGCGUUUAAUGACUAUGCCUGUGCAGUGGUAGCAUCUCAUGCCGGCGAAUCUGACGAGACCGUCUCCGAGCUUAUGGCUCGCAGUGGCAACUGGGCUAAUCUGUGGAACAACGAGACACAGUUUAUGCAAGCACGCAAUGGCAAUGGUACUUGGGCCAACAAUACUUUCGGCUGGACAGAAGGCGACGACUGGGUUUACACAUUCGACGUGAUGCAUGAUGUGAAAAAGCUGGCUGAACUCUUCGGGGGCCGCGAGAAGAUGCGGGACAAGUUGGAUGAAUAUUUCCAAGGCGGCCACAAUGAGCAGAGCAACGAGCCGAGUCAUCACGUCCCUUAUUUGUACUCGGUCCUUGGCUAUCCGAUGAAAUCCGCCGAGACAAUCCGCCCCGUCGCGUGGGACAACUAUAACUCCACCAGUGCUGGGUUGAGUGGCAAUGACGAUCUAGGUCAGACAAGCGCAUGGUAUAUUUUCUCAGCUCUUGGCUUCUACCCCGUCAAUCCCGCAACUGAUGAGUAUAUUGUUGGGACUCCGUUUUUCGACAAGGUGUCGAUUCGCCUCCCCCGUGGCGUAUCGACUGGCGGAGAGGUUUCAGGUACUAAAGAAAAGACGCUGGUGAUCAGUGCCCCUGGUGCACCGUCAAAGCCAUAUGUCAAAUCUUUGAAGAUCGAUGGGAGAGAAGUGACAGUGCCAGUUCUGAAACAUGGGGAUAUCGUGAAGGCGGAGAGCAUCGAGUAUGAAAUGAGUGAGGUACCAACAUCCUGGGGUAGUGAACCAUCUUGGCAGUCCUAG